UGGCAGCCCCCCCAACGAAUUUAUUGUUAUUCCGACUAAAAUACGAAUUUUAACAAAAUCAUGCCACCAAAGAAGGACGCCAAGGGUGGCAAGGAUGCCGGUAAAGGCGGAAAGAAGCCAGCAGCGGAAGAUAAGUCUGCCGGCAAGGAAAAGAAGGGAGGCAAUGCCGUCAAGGUGCGCCACAUUCUGUGCGAGAAGCAGGGCAAGAUUAUGGAGGCAAUGGAGAAGCUAAAGGCUGGCCAAAAGUUCCCCGAGGUGGCCACCGCCUACAGCGAGGACAAGGCACGUCAGGGCGGCGACCUGGGCUGGCAGAUUCGCGGUGCGAUGGUGGGUCCAUUCCAAGACGCCGCCUUCGCCCUGCCCAUAUCGAAUGUCAACAAUCCCGUGUACACAGAUCCCCCGGUCAAGACCAAGUUUGGCUAUCACAUCAUAAUGGUAGAGGGAAAAAAAUAAACACCGAUUUUACAGAUUUUAUAAAUCAAAUUUUAAUGAG